AUGUACGGUCGAUCAUUAUGUAUGAUAUCUCGUUUGGCUAUAAAAACAUCUCAUGUUGGAAGUCGAUGUCUUGUUGCAUCCUAUAAUAAUCGUUUACUUGACUUUUCCCAACAACCCAAGCGAUAUUUAGCUCAACAAAUCCCAAAUAGACGACCACCGGGUCGUAUUCGACGAUUUCUUCGUUGGUUUGGAUGGGGAGCAGAACCAGUUGUAUCAACUCUUCCACAACCACCACCACCUGCUACCACAAUGCAACGAGUCAAACGUUUUCUAAUGCUCUCACCUUCAAUCGAACGGUUUCUCCUUCGAUCUCACAUUAUCGAAGAUGAAGAUUUAGCAAGAUUACUUUCUAAAACUGCUGCUAUAUCAAUCUAUGCAAUAAUAACAGUGACGACACUUGGCACGCUUGGAGUUGAUACAAAACCGCUGCUAGCUGGUAUUGGUAUUACUGGUUUUACUAUUGGUUUUGCUUUGAAAGAAGUAGCAACAAAUUUCAUAUCGGGAAUCUUUCUUGUCAUCAAUAAACCAUUCGUUCGAGGGUGUCGGAUCAAAAUUCAUGGAAGUGGCGGUGGAAUCGAAGGUCUUGUUCAUCUAAUCGACGUUCGAUACGUGCAUUUAAAAACAAAAGAUCGUGGUAUGGUAUUGGUUCCAUCAGCAAUCGUUUAUGUCAACGCUUUUACAGUCUUUCCCGCAGAUGACGAAGCAAAUGCUGGCUUUUUGGAUAUGACCAAACCACCGACAACGGAUGCAACAAAACCACCAGAGCCAUCACCAGUAUUACCAGCCACUAGUACUUCGAAACAAAAAUCGUUAAAGAUGAAAUUUGAGUCGGAACCAGCUGGAUCCUUCAAAAAAUCGUCAUUGAAUGAAAAACUAUGA